GAGCGUGUGCGUACAGGAACAAAAAAACAACAACAUCAAAAUAACAUUUAUCUAUCAAUUGCUAGAGCAAACAAGAAAUAUACAAAGAAAAUCUGCAAAGCAAUGAGCAAAGGGAUCAUAUACGUUGAAAAGGCCGGCCAAGCGCCGGCCCCAAGCAAAGAUUUUCAUCAGAUUGUGGUGAACGAGACAGAGGUGAUUUGGCGAACAUGGCGAAUAGCGGUUCGACGGGAGCAGAGAGCGGUACCACCAAGCACUAAAAAAGUACUGUGGGCAGAGUUUGAUCAAGACGAACUUCUACAGAGCGACAUCCACCGUGUCUUUGGCGAGGAAAUGCUUCGGCUGGUGCAUGGUAUAGCUUGUGGAGACUGGUUGGUGAGAUUACCACCAAAAGUUGUUGUUCGACUUUGCGCGUUUCUUCACCUGAUUGAUGUUGUUCGUCUCAGCACGCUUAAUAGAUACUUGAAUAAUAUUUGCUCAAGUGACGAGGUGUGGACAAGGAUUAUCAAGCAACAAUGUCCUGACAUAACGACCGAGAUGAAAAAUAUGGCCAAAGAUUUGGGAUGGAAGAAGACAUUUUUUGCAAACAAACUCCACCACCAAGUCGCUUCCCGUAAAUUAAGAGAGGAGGCAAAAAAGCACAUUGUCUACUACUAGAACUAGCUUUACGAAGAACACGUUUACAACCUCCUCAACAUAUUUUUAAAACAAAUUGGUAUAUUGUGUAUACAAUGGUUGCAUGUUUUAUCAAGAAUAAAAAAUUUGUUCAGCCCGAAAAAAA